AUGGCAUCUAGCAAUGUAUCAGCACUCAGUGUCAUUGAUCCCGAUUCGAUUUCCUCGGAGGAGGAGAAGACAGCGCCGUGGAUUGUACGAAAGCUUGUCGGGUCUAUGACCGGGCGCAUCGUCACUUCAAGUCUGGAAUCGCUACGCGCUAUGGGCCAGAAUGUCGUCUGCCUGAGCCCGUGGGGAGAUUCAUCGCCGUUCUUCCUGCCGUGCAUCCGCUUCCGGGAUCUGGUUGUCCAUACAGUCGUCGCCGCUACAGGUGGCACUGCGGCUAUAGCAGCGCCUGCUGUAGGGCCGUUGGCAGAUGUGUUCGUUUCAACGGUCGGCGACUCCAUCGCCAUUGAGCUUGGCGCUCAUGCUGGCUUCAAGCUGGCGACUGAAUUCGGCAACGAUCUCCUGUUCGAGAAGCCAAUCAAGCUCAUCACCAGUCACAGCAACGUCCUUCAAACCACUGGCGUCAAGGAGAUUCUCAUUACCAUGAAGUACAAGCACGCCACUGUCGCUGAUGCACUGCUGGGCUUCUUCCGCAGCAGUGUACACAAGGAUCCAGAUCUCUUCGCAACUGUCAUGGAUUAUCUUGCGGCCGAGAAGGGAUGGUUCAACCCCUAUCUUUUCGCAAGCGGCAGACGACCCAUCAUCCCUCGCUCUAUGAAGCCCGAUGUAAUAUUCUGUCAUGGCCCUUUUCUCAGUGGUGACUAUGAGAUAGGGCUCACGCUACUGAAGGAGAGCGCGUCGGCCAUCGUCUUCUGCUUGGCCGUACCCCCAAAGGAGGAGAUUGCGUCGGACGCCCAUGCCACCGCCUCUGAGAACGACACAGCUAAGACUGGCCGCCACGACUUCCUGUCGUUGCCCAAGAACAUACCGAGCCUAUCCGACUUGCCCAAGCUCAGCAGUGUUUUCGCACGCUCUCGCACCCCGUCGCCGGAGCCGCAGCUCGCCCGUGUACCUGCACCACCCACGCCUCGUCGGAUGGCCAUCGUCGUCGUCGGUCUCAAGCCACACCGCAAGCUGUGGACGACGAGUGCACGACCCGGGGAGAGCGUGAUGUACUAUCAACUGCUGAAUGGAUGCCCGACCAUCGUUGUACCCGUCAAGCCAGGCGCACCGCUCAUCGCAUGGGAUACUCUGACGCUGGAAGAGCUUUGGAAGGUCAAGCUACCACAGGAAGGCGAUGCAGCAGUAGGCAAGACUUUCGAAGGCAUUGUCGGCGUUCUUCUCGAAUACCUCGAUCUUUGUGUCGACUACGACAGGGUCACCGAACCGCGCGUUCAGACCGAUACCUUGGACGAAAAGGGAAACGAGGAGGUGCCGUUGGAUGCAGACGCGAAGCGCGAGAAGAUCAAGGAGUCCUUGACAUUGCUUGUCGCUGCGGCUGUGGAGAGCGGCAAGAGCAAGAAGGUCAAGGAUGAGGUGGACAAAGAACGAUCUGGUAUUGCCAUGUGGCGCAUCCCCUAG